CAAACGUGUCAUAAAUGUAUUAUAUGUUAUCAAUGUGUUCAUAUUUCUUUAUUAAAUAUUGGAUAAUACUAUCUAUAAAUUUUGUAUUGACUUAUCAACAAACUACUAACUAUAAAAAUGAUCAACCUAUUCCUGUUAAUCACAAUAAUGUUUUGAUUCCACAUGAACAACAAGUUUACAGAUAUAUCAUGAACAAUUAUGAGCCAUCUGUAAGACCGUUGAAAAACAUAUCCGAAAAGUUAACAGUGAAGAUACGUAUACGCUUACAACAAAUCAGUGGUUUGGAUGAGCGCAAUCAAGUUUUGACAACUAUACUAUUCCUUGAGCAGAUAUGGGAAGAUGAGUAUUUAAAAUGGAAUGAACCGGAAUUCGGAAAUGUAAGAACUUUGCGUGUACCAGCUGAGCAAGUAUGGACUCCAGAUACUUAUGUAUUUAAUAAUGCUGAUCAUACAAAUUCUGGUUUUCUAGAAGGUGUCUAUGUUUUAAUUCAUAGUUCUGGUAAAGUAUCAUGGCCAAUUCCAGUUCAAUUAAAAACAUCAUGUAAAGUCGAUAUUACAUUAUUUCCAUUUGAUCAUCAAAAUUGUGAAAUACAAUUUGGAUCAUGGAUGUAUACAUCUGAUUGGAUUAAAUAUAAAUUUCAAACGGAUCAACAUAAUAAAUCAACUACAAUGAAAAAUUGGAAAUACUCUAAAAAAUUAUCAUCUUCUUUAGUAUCAUUAUUGUCAAAUACCUCGAAUCGACAUUUAACUACAGAAAGAAGAGAUCAUGACGAAAUAGGACAAGAUGACCUUGAUAAUAAUAAUAAUAAUAGUAAUAAUAAUAAUAAUAAUAAUAAUUUUGAGGAAGAUUAUCUGACUAGAAAUGCAUUAGAUACAUCAUCUUAUUGGGAUAGUACAGAUUGGAUGCUGAAACAUGCUAUAUUAUCCUAUACUCAUCGAUCUACUGAUACAUUGACUGUUUGGAAACCAACCACAAGUAUAUUAAACAUUCAGUUUCAUGAUAAUAAAUUGGACACUAGACAAACAGACUUAGUAUUAAAACUAUUCUUACAAAGGAGAAGUUUUUUCUACAUUUGGAAUAUUGUCGUACCAUGUAUAUUAUUAACAUUGCUUACAUUAAUCACAUUUUGGACCCCAAUUGAUUCCGGUGAAAAAGUUACUUUAGGUUUAUCAGUAUUUUUAGCAUUUUCUAUGUUUAUGAUGUUGAUAGCUGAACGUGUACCGCCAACAGCCAAAAAUAUUCCACUUAUAGGAGUGUAUAUGACUUCAGUAAUGUCAAUAACAACUGGAACAGUUGUUGUGUGUGUAAUUGUCAUUAAUUUAGACGCCAAAGGUGAGAAGCUAUCACGUGCACCAAAAUGGUUGCGUCGUAUCACACAGUUUAGUUUAUUUCAAUUAUUCUACAAGGAAAAUUGUUGUGAUGUGAAUGAAUCAGCAGCUGUUUCAUCGUUAAUAGAAAACUUUUCAACCUUCAAUUCGGUUCAAGAAAAAAAAUUGUUAGAAAUUGAUUCUCAAAUCAAACUACUUACAAAAUUAAAUGAUUUACUUGUUAUAAAUAAAAGUUUCAACAAACAAAUCAGAUCUAUCUAUCAUAAUUAUUUAAAGAAAUCAUAUUUAAAAGAUGAAUGUUCAUUGAAUGGAACUUCUUUCAGUCCUAUCUAUUAUCAUAAUAUCAUUGUAAAUGAAUCUAAUCACCAUGGAACUUUAAUAGAUUUAUCAAUACCAUUAAAAGUAAAACCAUUAUCAACUAUUCAAAGUAUAACAUUGAAUAGAACCAAUAUAAAUUCUCAAAUUCAUAAGGCGUAUAAAGUUUAUUCUUCUAUGGAACGGGAUUGUUUAUUGAAAAAUGAUCUAUCAUCAUCAUCAUCAUCAAUACUAAAUCUUACUACUUGUAAUGUUCAUAGUAAUAAUAACCAUUCCCAAAGUGAAUAUCAAUUGAAUUUGAAAAGUCAAGAAGAUGUCAGAAAUGAAUUAAUUAAAUAUGAAUGGAAGGUGAUAGCUAAAAUAAUAGAUAGAUUAUUAUUUAUUACAUUUGUUAUUAUUACAUUAAUUUGUUAUAUAACCAUUUUUUUAUGGCCGUUAUUAUCUGGUUCUACUGUUUUAUAUCGAAAAAAUUAACUGUUAAUUACUUACUUACGCCUGUUACUCCUCGUGAAGGAGCAUAGGCCGCUCACUAGCAUUCUCCA